AUGGCGUUUGUGCAGUCGGUACAAAGAGCACAAGUUAUAGUAAGAUGCCAUCUUUGUGUCAGUGAAACUAAAAUUGAAUGGAAAUGUGUAGUCUGCUCUGUACUGCUGUGUAGUGAAUGUAAAGAGAUUCAUUUGAAAACUACAAAUUACAACGGUCAUAAAAUUGUAGAUAUUAAGGAAGUGAGACCGAAAGAUGGAUCUAAGAGAAUUUUGAGUUUUAGUGAAAUUAACUGUCCGGAACAUAACGACAACCCUUGCGUGUUAUAUUGUAAAAGUUGCAAGACAUCGAUCUGUAUUAAGUGCGUUACCAAAACUCAUAAAGGUCAUAACUUCGUUGAUGAGGAUGAAUACAACGACGAACUUAACGAACAAAUUAAAACAAUGGAGUUAAAUGAAAGUGUGCCGACCGAGAUGAAUGAGGUAGGCGAGUUACAACAAAAUCCGAACAUUAAAGUUAUUAGGAAAUAUACCACUGAAUUUAGGCAAAUCUACGCAAUGGUUUCAUGUUCGUUUGAUUCACUGUGGAUUUCUGACUUGUUACAAAAUGUUAUAAAGAAUGUAAAACUGAAAAAAGACAAUGUUCAGACCAUAACUGAGUUCAAUAUUUCGGUUUAUGACCUGACUACUACUUCAAAUAACAACCUACUUGUAUCAGUAAGUGAUGAAUCAAGGCUUAAGAUAUUAAAAAAAGGAUCAAAACAAAUAUCACAAUCUUACUACGAUGUAAAACCAUUGUGUACAUGGGGUAUACAUGUAACCCGAGAUCAGCAAAUAAUCGUAGGAGCAAAAACUCCAAGAUCAGGAUAUCGUUCAGGGACUCAGUUAGUGAUAGCAAUGGAUGAGAAAGGGAAUAAUUUACAGAAAUAUGAACAUGACAAUAACAAGAAACUUAUAUUUACACUCCCAUAUAAGAUAACCACCACCAGUAAUGGUAACAUUUGGGUGGUAGAUAUGUUGGAUGAAAAUGGCAGUGGUAGGGUGGUAGUACUGGGACAGACAGGAAACGUUAUACAAAUAUACACUGGUCAUCCUGAAAUUAACUCUAAAGAAAAACCAUUUAAUCCUACGGGAAUUCUGACUACACCAGCAGAAAAUGUUGUUGUGGCUGACUGUUUAAAUCAUACCCUACAUAUAAUGAACAGUAAUGGAUCUUUUCUUUCAUAUAUCAGGACGGACGAUGAAGCAAUAAGACUCCCGCAUUCUCUUGCACUGUCUACACAGGGACAUUUUUAUAUUGGUAGUAGUACUCCAAAAAGAAGUCCUAAUUCCGUAAAAGCUAACUUGUAUGAGGUGAAAUACUCGGGAUUUUAA